UCAUUGGUCAAAUGACGUUUGGGCUACAACCCUGGAAGUCAGUUGUUGUCAUUUUUCUUGUGUAGUUUUCUAUAGAAUUGCGAAGGAAAAAUCCACUUUUUGGAGGCUCUGUGAAAGAAGAGUAAGGGAGUAAUUUUCCAGAUGAGUUUUCUCGAAUAAGAGUUAAAGCUGCAACAACAAACUAGUGAGCCGUUUCGAUAGCAAAAACGAUACAUUUCCUACAAGCGUACGGCGGGGACGUGUCUCGGCGUUGUUGCUAUGACAUACGACACCGUAAGCCAGUCCAUGGAACGUACCAAUGGGAAAACGAUGGAACAGCGGGACAACAACGGGAUAGCAGCGACGACGGUGAACGAACAUCAGAUCGGCCAUAACACAGUGGAAAAUGCUCACAACAGCACUACCAACACCACCACCAGCGUUACCAGCGCUGGUAGCAACACAUCGGCCAUGCUGAGCAGUUUCCCUGUGGAUAAGCUCGCCUCCUUGAAUGCGAAAAUUUCAAACUCGAGAUGGGUGGUUCCGGUGCUGCCGUCACAGGAGUUGGACUGUCUGCUGGAUGCAGCAAUUCAGCUCUCCACCUUAGGUAUCGAUGGCGAUUGCGAACCGUGCGUGCGCUUCUAUCAGAACGAGUUGGCCAUAUCGUUCAUCAACAUCCUGACGGAUGAGGCCGUCAUGUCGUGGAAGAACAACAUUCACGUGUGCAUUUUCAAAUCGUGCUGCAAGUUUUUGCUGCUAGCUUCCCUACACAUGGAGCGCGAUAAUCAAGCGCUGCUGGAGCUACUGGCCAUUGUGUUCGAUCCGGAGAACAAGUUCCACAUGCACAACAUUGCACGGCAGCCGGAAAAUAUGAACACACCGCCCCCACCGCCUCCUCCACCGCCGGCACCAGCUACGUCGCUAACGAACCCGGUUACGUCGUCAACUUCAUCCUCCUCCUCAUCGUCGUCCUCGUCGUCGUUGCCGGACAGCAGCGAGAGCAGCACUACCACCAGCAGCACCAACGUACCGACAAGUGUUUCGACAAAGCAGGCGGCAGCCCAGCAGGACGAGGUUGCCAUAGUGAGCUACGCGAAGCCACCGGUGGAGACGAAAAAUCCCCGCGGAUGGUUGUUCAACUUUAUCAACCAGUUUGGCGUGUACAAUGGGUUUGAAAAUUUCCUCAAACGCAUGACAGUCGCGAUCGAGCAGCAUCAGCGCGUGAGUGUGAGUGAUGAAAAGAUGGACAGUGGACGUGACACCGGCACUGGUGGUGGUGGUGGUGGUGGUGGGGAAAAGUGCAAAGGAAAGAUUUCAUUGCAGCUCCUGCAUGCGUUGCUGCGUCCGUUCGGACUGUGCGCGGAGUAUCUGACGGUCGAUACGAUCGAGCGGUACCUCCUGCCCGGCUGCCGUUUUGUGUUAACAGUGCUCGAGAGUCUCUCGGAUGCAGAGCUAAAGCGUGAGGUAGUGUUCGAGGGAAAGAACGAUUUCAUCACCGGUAUAGUGAAGUUUGCUCGUGCCUUGUUGACGCGUGUGCCCGGGCAGGAGAGUCUGCUGAAUGAGCUGGAAAUGGCCCGCCUAAAGAUCAUUCUACGCGUGCUGCAGAUAUCGAGCUUCAAUGGCAAAAUGAAUGCGCUGAACGAAAUCAACCGGGUGCUGAGCUACGUUUCGAUCUAUCCCCACCGGGGACUGAUCGCGGAAGAGGAGGGCGAUUUUCUCAGCGCAAACCGGAUGGCCAUGUGGAUACGAAGCAACCGCGUGUUGGCGAUAGUGCUGCGGGACUCGCUGCAUCAGUCGCAGUAUGUGGAAAAGUUGGAAAAGAUUUUGCGCUUCUUGAUCAAGGAAAAGGCGCUCACGUUCGACGACCUGGACGCGGUGUGGAAUGCGCAGGAGGGCAAGCACGAAGCGAUCGCAAAGAACGUGCACGACCUGCUGGCCAAGCUCGCCUGGGAUUUUAGUGCCGAUCAGUUGGACUAUCUGUUUCGGUGCUUUCAGACGAGCAUGCAAAAAUCGGCCAGUCGCAAGCAGCGUGAAAGACUGCUCGAGCUAAACCGUCGUUUGGCGGAGGACGACAAGAACGGGAUGAUGGCGCAGAAGGUACUGAACAUGUUCUGGAACCUAGCGCACAGCUCCGACACGCCGCUGGAAGUGCUUGAGCAGGCGCUGCAAUCUCACGUCAAGAUCCUGGACUACAGCUGCUCGCAGGAACGCGAUGCACAGAAGGGCAUUUGGCUCGUAAAGUGCGUGGAAGAGCUAAAGGGACGGGACGAGUGGGUGCUGCCAGCGUUGCGAUUGAUCAGAGACAUUUGUUCCCUGUACGACACCACGCCGAAUCAUACGCCCCGAAUACAGCACACGAUGAAUCGGCAGAAGAUUAUCGAUCAGCUGCAAAACGAUCACAAGCUUGUGAUUCUCGUGACGAACAGCUUGACCUGCUACAUGAACCGUGUGCGGGCGUUGGUCGCAGCCGAUCCGACCCUCAAGCCGGCCAAGCUCCGGCUCGAUAAUCGCUACCCCCAUCCGCAGCAGAUUCAGGAGCGGUUAGACUUUUUAAAGUUUCUGCUCAAGGAUGGCCACCUGUGGCUGUGUGCGGAUCAGGCGAAGCAAAUCUGGAACUCGCUGGCAGUGAAUGCAGCCUUCGACAGUGAUCGCGAGGAGUGCUUUCGGUGGUUUAGCAAGUUGAUGGGAGAAAAUCCCGAUCUCGAUCCGGGAAUCAAUCGCGAUUUCUUUGAGAAUAAUCUGCUGAAGCUGGAUCCGAUACUGCUGACCGAGAACGGGAUUCGUUGUUUCGAGCGGUUCUUUCGUGCGGUCAACACCAAGGAAGAGCGGAUCAUUUCCGCCAAGCAUCACCAUCAUCGCAGUGCGUAUGUGCUGUACAACAACGGCGAGGAUCUAAUCGGGAAGGACUACUUGUGGCGUGUGAUCACGGCGGGGCAGGAAACGAUCGCCAAUCGAGCGAUAAGCAUUCUGAACGAGAUGAUGACGGUGGGCCCUAGACAUUUGGUCGACGUGAAAGCCUAUCACGAAGCAUUCAUCGAAGAGUGUUGCGAAAAGCUGCGGGCCAUGUUUCAGAGCAUGGAAAUGCUGCUGCGAGAGUUUCCUUCCCCGAAGCCAGUGCACAAGAAAGGGCACGAGAAAGAGCUGGCAGGGGUCGCACCGUCAUCCACCGGUACUACAGCGGUGCCAGGGGAGCAGAGCGCAGAUCGGUUUGGGGAAGAUGAUGAUAAUGCGGGAAUUAAUGGAGAUGUCGAGCGAAAGAAGCUGCUACUCGUCGAUCAAAUGUGUCGCAUGAUUAGAACGCUGCAAGAGUACAUCCGCGAGUGCGAUCGAAAGUUUCCCGGCGAUCGAUUCGCGCUUCCUCUGUGUCACGCCGUUCGCGGAAGGCAUGUGGAGUUGAUUGUAAAAUUUCAAACACCUGGUCGGCAGCUGGAUGACAUAGAGAUGAUGAGCCACAGCAAUGAGACGAUGCAUUCUUUCAAACGCAAUCUGCUGAGGCGUAUUAAGGUGCUGAAGGCAAACGAAAUCCGCGUCGAUCUGUACGAUAACGGCACGAACGAGCUGGUGAUGGUGCCGGACGAGCAACAAACGCUCGCAUUUUAUGGCAUACGGGAUAAGAUGUCGCUCAUCGCAAAGCUGACCCCGGUUUCGUCUGGUUUGAUGGCAGCCGGUUCACCGGACAGUUCGAGUGAGAGCAGUUCCGGAUCACCACCACGGAACUAUGUGGAUCCCAUUAAGCAGACCUAUCAUCAACAGCAGCACGGCCACCAUUUCGCCCACCAGCAGCAGGCGUCGCUGAUGCCGCAGCAGCAUCCAAACUAUUUGCUGCAAGGUCAGCAUCAAAAUGUGGUUUCGACACAAGCUUAUCAGCAGCAGCAUCACGCUCGCCAUUUUCUCCAAUCGGGCUCAGAAACGGAGGACACGUUACCGGGCGUGGUGAUUUCCCAAAAACCGCAGUACACCAACUUCUUCCUGCAGGUGUACCAACUGGCCAACACGCUGGAGCACGAUCGCCUACGCGAUGGUGUGCGGUCGUUGCUUCAUCUGCUUCCGCUGGAUCGGUUGACCGUGGGUAAUCUGUUUGAAGUGUUCAAUACCUCCCAAGGUGCAAUAGAAGAUGUGCGGAAGGCGGCGAUGGACGCGUACAUGAUGACCGCUGCUGGCUCCGAAGGGGACUUGGACCGAGCCGGGCCGGCAAAGGAGAACGAAGCUGAAAUUAAGGCUGUGAUGGACGCGGCAGAACUGGAGUCGCUGGAAACGUUCAGAUCGUUAUUUCUUACUCCACCGCCGGUUCAAAUCCUGUACAAUCUGGAAGUCCUAGAGGCAAUGCUGCUUCCCGCAAGCGUCAAUCCUUUACCAGCACCGAUCCAUCAAAUGAACACGGCCACCGCCACAGCAAACGCAACCAGCAACGUGAAGGACUUCGGUGGAAUGGGGGCCGAUGUUACGGUGGGCGACAGUGCAACCGCUCUAGGGUCCGUGCUAGAGUUCCAGUACGCGUGGUUUAGUUGUGGAGCUGCAGAUUUUAUAGUGGAUUUGCUGUCGGAGGAAAAUUUUCUGGCCACUGCCGAUAGACACACGAAGCGGGCGAGUUAUCGGUGCAUUAUGCGGCUGGUGAAGUUUUACUUCCUUGCCGUCGGAUACCUCGUACCGCCUCCGACUUUGUACGAUCAGAUGCGUCAGUACGACCAGUUCCAGACCCAGCUGAGACGGUACACGCCACUGCACAACAUGCUUCGAGGCGGAUUGCGCUGUGAAAACACGCUGAAUGGCUUUGCGAAGCGGUUGGCGUCGUACGUGUUGCAGCUGGACUUGCGCCCGGGCAUGGUCGAUAGCCAGGAUCUGGUGUCUUCGCUGUACCGUGGUGAAUGGACCUUUCCAACCGUGCGCACUAUAAAAGCCAUCAUGGAAGUAGCGCUGCGAGUGUCCAAGGAUUGGGAACCAGUGUCAUGGGAUUCGCUAAAGGAACGCGCCUUCACAUCACGGUUUGGUUCGGUUGAGGGUGGCGGUGGUGGUGGUGGUGGUGGAGGGGCCGACCAAACGACUGCGAACGACGUGGCGGACGGAGAAAGUAAAGAUGCGUCGUGUGAAAACACGGCAGAGGAAAUUAGCGUCACCAGCAAGCGUAGAUACAGCACGAGCAGCAUUGGCAGUAAUUGCAGUAGUGGAAGCGAUAGCAGCUCCAGCAGCUGCUGCAACAGCAGCAGCAGUAAUUCGGCCGGGCUUGGAGUAUCGAUGCAGCAGCAGCAACAGCACCACCCACAGCAACAGCAGCAGCAGCAGCACGCACUUCACCAGCAGCAUCACCAUAACCACCACCGUGAUCACGAUCUGCAGCUGGUGGGAAUCGUCGAUCGUGGCCAGGACUAUGAAGUGUUGCACGUCGCGCUGGAAGUGAUGGGCCUGUCGCUGACGCUACAUUCGGAUGCGGUGAAGGCGCUCAACAAGGAGGAUGGUCUGUGGGAUAGCUUUUUGGGGUCGUUGCUGUUGCUGAAUCCGUCCGCCAAAAUGCGAACGUUGGCACGCGAACAGCUGCUCGCAAUGCUGUCGGGCGAAGUGUCGGAAGAGCUGCUGCAAUCAAUCGUUGGCGUGCUGUACAACAUAUGGCGCAAGGUGAACCAUCGGACGGAGACGUGUGCCGAUUAUCUGCAACUGUUUGCGCAGCUGCUGCAGUCGAAGGAACGCAACGAUGCAGCCGCAACGCCGAUCGAUGUCGAGGAGUUGUUGCAGACGGAGAUCAAGUGGCUGUACUGGGUGCGGGACAACGUGGUGGAACACGGCAAAACGCUUGUGCAUGAGGAGAUUUUGGAAGGACACCUAUGUCUGACCAGAUCGCUCGUCUUUCACAUGAAACCGGCCGAAAAGCGUCGUCUAAAUGCAUUGUUGAUGGACCUGGUGAAAGAGUUCGUCUUCAACGCGUCAUUCCAGUACAUCUGCUACCGGCACCGAAAGGAGAUACAUUUUCAGCUGCCGCCACCAGUGUGCCGCACACCGCGAACCAUUUCCGCUGCCAUGGACUUGAUCGUAGCGCUUAGCCACAAUUCCGUUGAGCUAACGACCACUGUUUCUAUGAUGUUGAAUGAUAUGUUUUUCGAGGACAUAGAACCUGUGCGGGAAUGGGAGUAUCUGCCACCGGAUGCCCCACGGGCGCUUCAUGGGUUCUGUGGGUUGAAAAACGCGGGCGCUACGUGCUACAUGAACUCAGUGCUGCAGCAACUCUACAUGGUUCCGGCCUUGCGGAACGGUAUCGUACGCAUUCAUCAGGCGGUCAUCGAUCACAAGGAAGAUUUCAACGAAGAUCCGGACGGGCAAUCGUUGCUCGGUAUCCAGAAGGAUGACGAUGGAGGAAAAAACUAUCACAUAGGAAUACUGAAGUAUGUGAUGGUAAUCUUUUGCUAUCUCGGUCAUAGCGCUUUACAGUAUUACGUACCUCGGGGAUUGUGGAGACAUUUCAAAUUGCAAGGAGAACCGGUCAAUCUACGCGAGCAGCAGGAUGCGGUUGAAUUUUUUAUGUCCCUUUUUGAAAGCAUUGACGAAGGUCUGAAAGCCCUAAACUGCGAACAAUUAAUGUCUGCCACGCUGGGCGGAUGUUUUAGCGAUCAGAAAAUUUGCCAAGACUGUCCGCACCGGUACAGCAAGGACGAACCAUUUAGUGUACUUAGUGUCGAUAUUAGAAAUCAUAGCUCGCUAACGGAUUCGCUGGAGCAGUAUGUUCGUGGCGAAAUACUGGAAGGUGCCGAUGCGUACCACUGUGAUAAAUGUGAUGAAAAGGUCGUAACAGUGAAACGGCUGUGCGUUAGCAAACUGCCGCCCGUACUAGCAAUACAGUUGAAACGUUUCGAGUAUGAUUAUGAACGAGUGUGCGCCAUCAAGUAUAACGAUUACUUCGAGUUUCCUCGCGUGCUGGAUAUGGAACCUUAUACGGUAUCUGGGCUGGCGAAACUGGAAGGUGAAGUUAUUAACGUUGAGCCAAAGCAGGAGGAGCAAGGAUCUACGCGCUACCAGCUGACGGGCAUAGUGGUGCACAGUGGUCAGGCUUCCGGUGGCCAUUACUACAGCUACAUUCUGCACAAGAACUACGCCAACGGUCAAAAGAAGUGGUACAAGUUUGAUGAUGGCGAAGUGACGGAAUGCAAGAUGGAUGACGAUGAGGAGAUGAAGACGCAAUGCUUCGGCGGCGACUAUAUGGGCGAGGUGUACGACAACAAUCUGAAGCGCAUGCAGUACCGCAGACAGAAGCGUUGGUGGAACGCGUACAUGUUGUUCUACACGCGCAACGAUGUGUACUAUGCGAAACCGCCGAAAAAUGCAUUCUGGUGGCGACUGAACUCCGGUCCACAGUCGUCGCACAUCAGAGCCCAGCCGAAGUCCACGGUCGAAAGUCUCUCGUUGGCGCAGAGCGAGCAUUACUAUUUCAACAUGGAGCCGAAUGUGGAACGUUGCAUACGAAUCCAAAACAUUCGGUAUUUGCACUCUCGGAUGCUGUUUUCGACGGAGUUUUUCACAUUUAUGAAGAAGCUAACGGAAUUCCCGAUUAAACCAAAGAAUAAGGUACCAGUGUGGUUACUGCUGAAAGGACUGGAGGAUGUUUGUUUGCUGAAGGUGCGGCUGGCAGCAAAGUUUCUCUUUCACACGGGCUUUAAAACGAAGAAGACGAUCCGGGGACAGGUUAUGGAUUGGUAUGAAAUCUUCCGAGUGCAACUAGAAGGAUUCGUUUUCAUUCGGAAAUGGUUCGCCGAGAAUGUGUUGCUGGAUUCACCGGGCCGCUUAUGUGAAUAUUUGCUGGCCGCUCCACUGCCAGAGAUUCGGUCCUGCUUUGCGAAGCUCAUCGUUUCCUUCUGCCACUAUUCGGCGGAGGACGAACCGGUGGCAUGCUUUGAAGGUAGCAAUCUGUGCGAGCAAGUGUUGAUUGCGGUGCUUGGUCUGUUAAAGUCGGAUGUUCCGGAGCACGGUAAACAUUUGCCGCACUACUUCAGCCUCUUCUCCAUGUACGCUGGCCUGGGAUAUAGAGAGGAAUGUCAGCUCAUAAAGCUAAACGUGCCGGUGCUCUUCAUGCGAGUGGCAAUGGACGAUGGAACGGGUCCGACGAUAAAAUAUCAGUACCCAGAUCUGAGCAAAUUGCACCACGUCGUUUCGCAUUUGGUGCGAUCGAUGGACGUCUCGGCACGGUGCCGAAGCGCCAUCAGCGGAACAGCCGUGCUGCCAAACAAAUACAUCAACGACCACAUAACACGGAAAAACGCACUGAUUCCUAUGUCUGAAGAAUGCGUAGAUUAUCUUUACAAUAGGACUGGGUACAUCAAACGGUUGCUGGAGGACGUGCAUGUCGGAGAGGAAGGUUUUAAACUGCUACAAUACUGCUGCUGGGAGAAUCCGCACUUCUCUGGUAUCAUUCUAAUGGAGCUCCUGUUCCAGUGCGAUUAUGUGUACUGGCACGACAUGAAACACUACACGGAUUUGCUGCUGCACAUCCUGCUAAUCGAAGACUCCUGGCAGGGCCAUCGCAUAAUGAACGCAUUGCUGGGUGUCGGUCAUGAUAGAGACGGUUUGCUGGAGAUUAUCAGACGCAGCAAGUUAAACUACCAGAAACGUGCCUACCAAUGCAUCAAAUGCAUGGUGCAUUUGUUCUCGAAGAGUCCGGUGGCACUGAACAAGCUGCACACGGAUGCCGCACUCGCGAAACAGUGGACGCUGGCGAUCGAGUGGCUGCAGGAGGAGCUGGAAAAGCAUCGCACCACCGGCAACAGUCAGUACAACUACAACUCGUGGUCUCCGCCAGCGCAGAGCAACGAUAAUACGAACGGAUUUUUGCUGGAAAAAUCGCAAUCGGUUCGAGACAUUUUACAAAUGGCGUUCGACCUGUGUCCGGAAGAGAUUCAAGAUGCAGAAACGAUGGACCAUCAUCAAGUCGUCUGCCAGGAGGGUGGUGUAAUGCGGGCCGGAGACGAUUCUGGAGCUGGAUCGAUACAGGGAACCGUUAGCGAGGUCGAAAAGAAUCAACACGCUUCUCCGGUCGUGUCCGCUGUGGGUUCUGCUACCUUGCAGCCACACCCGACGAUACCAUCGACGGCAGCUGGCGUUGGAUCCGAGGUAGUACCGUACGGUGGUGAGGGUCACAAUGGACAAAACGCAGAACCGAUCGUGGAUGCAAGCGAUCCGGGCAGAUCGAGCAUGUCCCCGAGUGUGAAGCAACUGGCGGGAGUAAUAUCGAGCAUUGAUAUUAACUACGACAACUAUUCGGAUCCGCAAACGAAAGUUGUUAAACCGGGCUCGGCAGGACCAGCGAGUGCAAGUCAGCCGCAACAGUCACCGCUUACUGCCACACCGGUGUCAACGGCAUCUCCAUCGACGCAACCGGCAUCCGCACCGGCCGCAACAACGCAGACAACCUCGCAGAGCACUGUGAACAAAAAGGAUCGACCCGGUCGUCCCGGUGACGGACAGUCUUGCACCAGUUAGCAAAAGGAGAAAUGACACAUCUGAAGCAUAUAACGAGCAUCGGGCGCGCGGUUCUGAUGCGGCGUGAAACGAAUGAUAGAAGGGCAAGCAGGAUACUACUACGAUGGUGGUGCAGGGGAUGGAUGGCAAAUAAGUAAACCAACCUAUGAUACGCUAAAGGAACUCGACUUAUGUAGCUAGUAGUUCUCGUCAUUUUGUGCUUGAACUAGUUUAAAACGAAGCAACGUGGUGGCGGUGUCUCGUGGAGCGCCAGGUGUGAAGAAAAUCAUUUGUAUCUGUUAUUAGCAAUAGCAACAAUCGCCCCUACGGCGCAGAGGAAAACCACGGAGAGCAAAAGCAAGCAGAACUAAGAAUGAAAAACACCGCAUGCAAACACGAAACGCCUCACACACACACACACACACACACACACACAAACGUAACAUAUAAACAACACUUUAGCCUCUAUACAAUUGAAGAAAUCACAUUUCCCCUUUAAUGCCAUUGAAGUAGAGAAGGAGAUUAGAAAGGAGAAGGAGGAGGAGUAGGAGCAAGGAUUCAAUCCACGGUACGCCAACAACGUGUUACCACCUACCACCAGCGAGGAACGGAGGGGGGGGGGGGAAGUGUUUGUUUGACGUAAGUCUGCUUACUGCCGUUACUAGUCAUAAUGAAUGGCAAAGGAGAGGAUAAUAGGAGCGCAGAGCACAUACACACACAUUAGCAAAAAAAAAAAAAUGGAAAAACUAUUGAACAGCCUGUUGUGAAAAGCAAAGUAAUGUUCUCCUUAUACAUACCCAGCAGAAGAGUCGCCCCGACACGGAAAACACAUAAUGCAUGCUACAAUAAAUUGUGAACAAAUAUAAAUAUGUUUAAAUUAUUGGACUAUAC